GAGGAGGUUGAAAGUCUGCGCUCCGGAUCGCCCUGCGCUUCGUUGGGGCUCCUGCGCCCCAGAGCCGUCGCUGAGGAGCCCCCAGCCCGUCAGGUUGCAGACAUGGAGGAAAUGAUAAUCUGGGAACAGUACACAGUAACGCUAAACAGGGAUCCCCGGAGGGGCUUUGGCAUUGCAAUAUCGGGAGGCCGGGAUCGCCCCAGCGGCAUCGACAGAGACACAUCCAUCAUCAUCUCCGACGUGGUGCCUGGGGGCCCUGCUGAUGGUCGGCUCCAGACCCGGGACAAGAUAGCCAUGGUGAAUGGGAUUUCCAUGGAGAAUGUGUCAUCGUCUUUUGCUAUCCACACGCUGAAAGGCUGCGGGAAAGUGGCCAAUAUUACGAUGAAGCGCCCCCGGAAAGUUCACCUCCCCGCGGCCAAGUCCAGCCCGCCCAAAAGUCUCCCGCUCUCCAGCCCCGCUUUACGCAACAGCCGGAAUGGCGACUCCGACGAUGAGGGUGUCGGCUACCGGGGCGGAUUAGCGGCCGGCGGCCGGCGCCAGGCCGAGGCGGAGCACAACCGCGGCUACGACGGCGACUCGUCCAGCGAGAGGAGCUCCGGGCGGUACCGGGACGAGGGAGACGCCCCCCGCAGGCACCCGGUUCGGAGCAGGAGGCGGAGCCAAGACGGCGGGCACCGGAGGCGGAGCCAAGACAGCGGGUCGGACCGGCAGCGCUUCACCAAUGGGUACAGCCACAGGGGCAGCGCCAGCGGGCUGACCCUGGUGUCCGGGUUCAAGAGGCUUCCGCAGCAGGACGUGCCGAUGAAACCGGUCCGAUCCGUUCUGGUAAAGAGCAAGGAGAGCGAAGAGUUCGGCUUGAAGCUGGGGAGCCAGAUCUUUAUAAAACACAUCACGGACACAGGAUUGGCGGCUAAGGACAGCUCUUUGCAGGAGGGCGACCUCAUACUGAAGAUCAACGGGGUGUCGAGUGAGAAUCUGUCCCUGGAGGAGACUCGGCGGCUGAUCGAGCUCUCGGAGGGGAGGUUGACGCUUGUGGUCCUUCGGGAUAACAGCCAGUUCCUGGUGAACAUCCCCCAAAUGAGAGACAGCGAAAGCGAAAGCUCUCAUCUGGACGACAUCUCUGACCUCGGCUCGGACAUCUCGCCGCCUCCAGCUCCCCCAGUGAGCGUGCCCAACUCCCCAGGGUCUCCAAAGUGGAAUCCUGCCCCGACCCUACGGCGCUCCAGCACAGAGCAAACAUCACCUGAAAAGUCGAUGACGCCCCCACCUCGCGAAGUCCAAGGGAGCCCCGAAAACGACUACGAUGCCCAUGCUGAUGCUUUUGCCUCCCAGACCGGCACAAAUUAUGGAUACAGCCCCGAUUCCAAACUGGUGCGUUUCAUAAAAGCCAAGAGCAUCGGUCUCCGUCUCGCCGGCGGCAACGAUGUCGGCAUCUUCGUGGCCGGAGUGCAGGAAGGCAGCCCGGCCGAGAUGCAAGGGAUCCAGGAAGGAGACCAGAUCCUUCAGGUGAACGAGCAAGUUUUUCAUAACCUCACCCGCGAAGAGGCCAUACAGUACCUCCUGGAGUUGACACCGGGCGAGGAGGUGGCGUUGCACGUUCAGAAUAAGCAGGACAUCUACAGGAAGAUGGUGAAGUCCAAUGUGGGCGACUCGUUCUACAUCCGCACCCAUUUCGAUUUCGAGAAGGACGCCCCCUCUGCUCUGAGCUUCACCCGUGGCGAAGUCUUCCACGUCCUGGACACCAUGUACCGGGGGAAAGUCGGCAACUGGCUAGCCAUUCGGAUGGGCAAAGAUCUCCAGGAACUCGACAGGGGCAUCAUCCCAAACCGAAACAGGGCGGAGCAGAUCGCCAGCCUGGAGUCCGUCCUCAAGGCCACGUCGGGAGCCGCCUCUUCGGGGCCGCGGGCCGAGUUCUGGAAACUGCGGGGCCUGCGGGGAGCGAAGAGGAACCUGAGAAAGAGUCGCGAGGACCUGUCCGCCCUCACCAAGCAGGGGCACUAUCCACCGUACGAGAGGGUCACUCUGAAGGAAGCAACCUUUAAGCGCCCGGUCGUGAUCCUGGGACCCAUCGCCGACAUUGCCAUGCAGAAACUCAGCACCGAAUUGCCGGAUCAGUUUGAGAUUGCAGAGAGCGUGGCGAGAGAAGGAAGCUCGUCCAAGGUCAUCAAGCUGGACUCCGUGUGGCAUAUUGCAAAACAGGACAAACACGCCCUCUUGGACAUCACUCCGGCGGCCGUGGAGAGGCUCAACUACGUCCAGUACUUUCCCAUCGUGGUCUUCUGCGAGCCGGACAGCCGGCAGGGCGUCAAAGCCAUGCGCCAGUGGCUGGCCCCGGACUCCAAGAAGAGCUCGCGGCGCCUGUACGCCCAGGCUGGAAAGAUGAAGAGGGACUGGAGCCACCUCUUCACGGCCACCAUCAGCCUGGCCGGGGGUUCCAACACCUGGUACCAGAGCCUCAAGGACAUCAUCCGGGUGCAGCAAGGCCGACCCGUAUGGACGACAGAGGAGCAGGUGGAUGUUUCGGCAGAGGAAGGAUUGGACUUACUGAACCAGCCCUCGCCCACCAGCCCGGGCUACCUGACCUGCGACAGCCGAGCCAACAGCGACUACGAUGAGACGGACGCAGAAGCAGAGGCUUAUACCGACCAGGAGCUUGACGAAUCCUAUCAGGAGCCGGCCCUGGCUCGCUCCUCGGAACCCGCCGAGCAAAGCAUGGAUCAGGACCUCAGCGAGCGAGUAGCGGCUGCUUUGGCUUACCCGGUUAAGCAGCACGACAGCGACCAGCAACCUCAAGGGCAAUGGAGGGAAGACCACGGAAUCAGGGAAUACGAACACGACGCCCUGCGGAAAAAGUUCACCCACGCUCAGACCUAUGACUCAGAGUCGGACCAGGACUACGGUUAUGACUGGGGGCCUGCCACAGACCUCUAGACUGUUCUCACCCCCCUGCAGAGAUUGGGGUUCGCCGACCGGAGGAAUACACUGUGUGAAUUGUGUUAUUUCUCUCCCCCCUCCCCCCGCAAUUUGGAAGUUCUGUGCCUUCGACAUCCCUGUACGCCCUCUUUCCAUCCCUGGGUCCCUGCGGAUCAGGGCCUUUCGCCCUCCCCGAGCUCAGGUCCCGAUUCCUCGCGGCACCGUCUACCAAGGGUGAUUCC